CGCUCUCGUUUGCUCGUUUCCUUCUAGGUUUCUUAACCUCGCAUUUCAUGUGUCUUUCUAUGCAAUUUGCAUUUUUGAGUGUUUGUUAAUAAUAUUAUAUAGAAGGCUCACAUUCCAGCGUGGUAAUCUCCUCUUAGGAAAAUUACUACACGCCUUCAGUAUCUUUGAAAUAUAAGGAUAAGGAUAAGCUCGUAUUAGCGUCCGUUUGUCUUUGUAUCUCCUUUCAAUAACUUGUGCUGGAAAAUUUUUCAACAUAAGUAAAUUCAAUAUGCCUAAAAGAGGUGGAGGACGAGUACGAAAUUGGAAAGGAGGCGAUCAUUUUGAACAUGAUGACCGUGGAUUCAACAGUGGAACCAGGCGAGUCAUAUUCAAACAGAACACCAAUAAAGGAAAGAAUAAAUUCCGCAACUGGAACGAUGCUAAACUACUAUUGGACGAUGAUGUUGAUAUGGGUGCAUCUGGUCACCCUCAGAACAGAAAAGGUUCCUACCGAGGAAGAGGUGGAAGACUUAACUCGCCACCACCAAGAUCCCUGCAGAAGAAAAAAUUCAUCACAGGUGUACUGCCAUGGUAUCAGGUCACAAUACCAUAUGGAGCGAAACAUGAAAAGGAUGUCAUUUUCAAAGCUCUAUUAAGCCACAUAUCUCCAGAUAUCUUUGUACCCCAUUAUUUCAAGAUUGAAGGCAACGCAGCCAUAUUUUAUGUGGAUGAUGUUAAAAUAGCAGAGAAGCUAUUCCACGCUGAUCGUAAAAUUAUGAUGCCCAACGGAUUCAAAAUGAUUUUGGUCGUCAGAAAUUCAGUGCCAAGGAUAAAUAUUAAUGCGGAAAUGCAAGAGAAAAUGAAGUUGGCUAUGGCGAAACGAUAUAAUGCCGCUACCAAGGCAUUAGACUUGACGAAGUUCCAUGCUGAUCCUGAACUAGCUGACGUGUUCUGUGCACUAUUUCGACCAAUCAUAAUGUUGGCUGCUAUUGACAUAAUUGCCGAGAACAUACCAGAUUUGGAAGCAUUAAACCUGAAUGAUAAUAAACUGCAUGGAAUUGAACAUUUGAAGAUACUCUCCACUAAGUUUAAGAACCUUAAGAUAUUGUACAUGGGUGAUAAUAGAAUACCGUCCAUAGCAGCGUUGGAACCGCUCAAGUCACUAACCCUAGUGGAACUGUACCUCAAGGGCAAUCCGCUGGUGAACAGGUUCAGUGACCAUGAAACCUACAUAAGUGACGUCCGGAAGAAGUUUCCGAAGCUGCUGCGAUUGGACGGCGAGGACCUACCACCAGUGAUUGGGUUCGACGUGAACGAAGACUUGAGUUUACCUCCCCGACAACAAUCCUUCCUCAUAGAUCCAAACGGUCAGGAUCUAGUGAGAGAAUUCCUUAAACAAUACUAUGCUAUAUAUGACUCUGAGUCGAGGCAGCCAUUGUUAGAUGCCUACCACGAAAGUGCUACUAUGUCCUUGACGGUGGCCUAUAAGAAUUAUGAGGAGAGAAAUGUGGCGUCCUUGAAGUUGCACGCAUACAUCCCAAACAGUCGAAACCUGUUAAGGAUACAAGAAAGAGAUUUAAGACGAAGGAGUUUAAAAACCGGCAGAUUACAAGUGGUAUCAUUUUUAUCAGAUCUGCCGAAGACUACACAUGACUUGAUGGGAUUUGCCGUUGAUUUAUUAGUUUUUAGGCCAACAAUGAUAGUACUGACAAUGAAUGGGGUGUUCAAAGAGACAAUGACGCCUAGAAACCCGACGAGAUCAUUCCACAGGACGUUCAUAAUUGUGCCCAAUGCAACGGGCGGUUUCUGCAUAAUGAAUGAUAUGUUAUCCGUCACUAAUACUACUAAGGAGCAGGAAGAAAAAGCGUUCGCAUCCAGUCCGCCAAUAGCAGCAACCGCUCCAACGCCCGCUGUAGUUCCCGCUGCCGCUCAAGCGAUACCGACCGCGGGACAAGAUGACACGCAGAAGGUGAUGCUGGCCAUGCUCAGCCAGCAGACCGGCAUGAACGAGCACUGGAGCGUCAAUUGUCUACAAGAAACGGGGUGGGACUUUCAGCGAGCGCUGUUUAUCUUCAACCAACUUCAGUCAGAAGGAAAGAUACCACCUGAAGCAUUUGUAAAAUGAACUAUUAUGAAGACUGAAGACGUGGUGUUUGAAUAGAGACUGUAAAACUUGUAUAUAGUGUAAAUAAUGUGUGAAACAGUUGUAAAAGAUUAUACAACGAAUGAAAAAAAAAAAAUUAUGGUGUAAAAUUAAAAAAUGAUUUUUGUUAAGAUUUUAAAAGCACAUGUUUGUUUCUAGUGUUAUAACAGACUUGUUUUUUCGCUUUUUAUUUGUAUUUUCUAUAACUGCGAUUAAACUAUGGUUCGUUGUAGGGUUGUAUUGUAGUUUAUAAACUAAUAAAAAAAUUAUUUUUGAGAUAAAUGCUAAAAAAUUAUGAAAUAUUUGUUAGCACUUCAUUGAUUUUUGUUAAUAUUUAUUUCACAAUUUUUUUAUUGUUCUUGUAGUGUGUUUAGAAAAAUGAUUUGUUUUGACGAAUACUGGUCUAAGUUAAACAUCUUGUGUUGUAUGUUUUAACUAUAGAAAGAAUAUACUCUGUUUAUGGAAUUCAUGUAUAAUUAACAAUUUUAAGGAUUUUCGAGUUAUACUUGAGUUUUUGAAGUGAAACUUCUUUAGGCGAGUUGAGAGUAAAAUUUCAAUGGUAAUGGUAAUACCGUCACGUAAUGGAGUAAGGUUGUUGGUACCUUUGAAUCUUGCCAAAGAAGUUUCACUUCUGACACGUGUGCUCGGCACACGCACGCUUUUUGUUGGUUGGUAUAAUUGUGAUAAACCAAUUUUAAUUGAGUUUGUGUACCGAUUCUUUGUAUAUAGUGUCAAAUUUUUCUUUACUAAUUGGUUGUGAUGAUACAUUUUGUUCUGUUGUAUCUUUCAUUUGUAAAGCUAUAUUUUCCUUGUAUUUUUUAUAGUCUGUAUUCUAGAUUUAACUAUGGCCAAUAUUUUGUCAGAACUAACACUUUAUUGUUAAAAAAAUUCUCUCUCAACUGAUAAUACAUAAUGUUAUGUAGUUAUAAUUUCGUGAUAGUGUAUGUUUUAAAUUAAAAUAUGUUGUACGUGUACAUCUAAGAAAAAAAAAAACAUAAGCUAAUUAAAAGAAAACAUGUGAUUUUUUUGAAUAAGUGCACAAUUUAGAAAUGUCGAUACACGGUUGCAAGAAAAGAGUGACUUGCACGUAAAAAGAACAUCAAUGAAAAAAAAAAUGUAAUGAGUUUUUUUUUGGGAUUGGGAAAAGCACAAGAUGAAGCCAUGGCGGUCCCAAACGGCGGGUUUUUUGAUGCCUUUGAGUCCAAUUUUGGGCGAUGGUUUGGUCUAAAUGACCAUGAAAUAUAGUGUGGCGGAACCCCGUGGAUAUUUUUUAUACUUUCCUGUGGGCUAGCUGCAUGGUUUACCAGUUUUUUUGGCUCGCUUUACUCCGCCGAAGUGACGGGCGCCGGCUCUUGAGUGCUGGGGAGAUGAAGAGCUUAGGGGCUUUGAAUUUGAGACUUAUGAAUAAACUUUUUUUAUAAUA